UGCAAGCGUAAGUGGUAAACAUUGCCACUGCCUGGGCAGAAGUGCACGUGUCGACCCAAGUCUACACGGCGUUAACAGAUUUCUAACAAGAAUAAGUCUCCGUCCACGAAUGUUAGACGUGAUCAUUGUACGAAGGCAUUCUCAAAUACACACGUUCUGAAGAGUACGGGGUUUACCUCUCUCAAGGCCUUAUAAGCUUGAAGACAUCGAAUAUUAUUACUAUAUACCAAGACACUAUAUUGUAAGGGCAAAACAAAAUGGGAUGCAAAAAGAAAAUUGCAAAGACAACCAGUCACACUACAAAACGACCAGUUCAGAAUAUUCAAAGGAGAAGAACCAAGAUUAAAAAAAGGUCUCGCAAGUUCAUUCUAGACAAGCGAGGUGACAGCAGACCAUCAAGAUUUUCAUUUGCAAAUAAAACCAGAACAAAGAACACCCUGGGCCAUGAUGCUCUUAUUCAGAAAGAAAGAGAGUUGAUGGUAGACCUGUUUGGUGGUGGUGAAUCUGUAGAACAGAUGGAGAAACACACUGAUGAUCAGGAAGAGAGGAAACAGCCUGAGGUUAAGGUGAAAAGUGAGGUGAAAAAACAGAACCUGUUACCUUCCAUAGCUGAUGAUCCUUUUGACAUCCACCACCAAGAUGAAGAGAAACAGAAAACACCAGCCUGGAUAGAUGAGGAUGACCACAAUAUAAGAGUGAAAGAUGUGGUGGCAGGGAUGGACAAAGGCCGGGGCUCAAGAGGCAUAAGGGAAGUGUCAGAGGAACAGUACAGCCACACUUUGCAACAGAAAUUCAACCAAGCAAUGGGUGUAACUCCUAAAUGGGCUCACCUCCACCAGCCUGUUGGAGAAGAUGUGGAAGAAGUGGUGCUGGAGAAGGGAACAGGAGACUACCUAGCACGUGGAACAUCUGCAAAACUGGACAAGAAACGAAUAGAUUUCAAGAAACAGGUGGAUCUCAACCAUGCUUCGCAUACUGAAGGGGCCAUCAUCACUGCCACAGAGUUUAAUCCCAAGUACCACAUGGCUCUUGUUGCUGGCUUCUCCAGUUCUGUUGUUGGGGCUGCUUCACUCUUCAAGGUUGAUGGAACCUACAACCACUUGAUUCAUUCAGUCAAGUUUCCUAAGUUUCCCAUCAAAUAUGCCAAGUUCCUUUGUGAUGGUGGAAAGUUUGUGGUUGGUUCCAGCCAGUACAACCAUUUUUAUAUGUAUGACCUGGAAGCAGCACAAGAAACUAAGAUUCCCUCCAACUUAGGAAGAGAUGGCCACAACAUGAAGAAUGUUCUUGUUUCUCCUGAUGGGGAGUUGCUGGUUUUCAUAGGUAAGAAUGGCCAGCUUCAUCUCUUUGAUGCUGACUGCCUGUCUCUUGUGGACACACUGUAUGCAUCAGGGGAUGUGACCUCAGCAGCUUUCAAUUCUGAUGGGUCUCGACUAUACACACAUACUACUGAGGGAGAUGUGUACAUCUGGGACAUGCAUGCUAGAGCCUGCAUUCAUCGUUUUUAUGAUGACGGCUGCAUUGGUGGUACAAGCAUUGCUGUGUCUCCAAAUAACUUGUACCUGGCAUGUGGAUCUUCAUCGGGGGUGGUCACUGUGUAUGACCUGGCAAAUGUGAUGAGUCGCUCACCAUCCCCAGUCAAGAUGCUGACCCGGCUACGUACUACUGUCUCAGCACUUGCUUUCAACUCCUCCUCGGAAAUCCUAGCUGCUGCCUCAGAUCAAGUGGAGAAUGCCAUCAAACUUGCACAUCUCCCCUCCAUGACCUACUUUGAGAAUUUUCCUGAUCCCAGAAGUGAGCUGCGACGAAUCAAUGCUGUGAACUUCUCACCACAAACUGGUUUCCUGGCAAUAGGAAAUAACUCUGGCCGUGCCUUUCUGUACAGGCUCCAUCAUUUUACCAGUUAUUAGAUGACAGUUCCUCUUUUGGUUCCAGCACAGUGGGAGUCAUAAUGGAAAAGAAAAGUAUGUAUUCAAUAUUUAGAUAUUCAUAAAUUUAUCAUUAAAUUGUUUUUUAAAUUACCACUGCAUUCUUCUUUACAGAUAUAGAAAAUUUAUAGAAAAUCUCAAACCUGAUACAUAUCAUGAAUGUAUAUUGUCAUCUUACUUUAGAAAUAAGUAUACAAAAUACUGAGUUUUUCCCCUAAAAAAAUAAGUUUCCAGUGCAAAAACACUCACUAAAGGAAACUUUUGUUGUUUGAUAUGAAUUUGUUGUAUGUGCACUUUUCCAUGUAAUGUAUUGAUAAUUAUAUAUAUACAGUGGAACCUCACUUUACAUGUUUAAUUCAUUCUGUGAUGGAGCUCAUACUUCAAUUUGCUCAUAUGUUAAAUAAAUUUUCCCUAUUGAAAUUAA